UAAAACCCACAGGAAAUGCUUUUACAUCUCAGAUGCUGCUGCUUCUAACCCAAGAGGAAUUAAAACAAGCAGUAAGUUGAAGCCUACGUUGUGCGUGUCCUUCCCCUCAUGUGAUCCUUGUGACCGCAGCAUCAGUUUGGAGCAAGCACCUGCGGAAAGGGGAGCCCGUGCCCAAGCAUGGGCUGCUGCAGCCUGCGCGCCGGGCAGGCUGGCUCUGCAGGAUCAGGCCGGGACGAGGUGCAGCUACUGACGGUGGACAGGACCAGAACAUGGUCCAACUCAGAAGGCCAGAGUGAGGCAUCCCUCUACCCUAAGGACCCUGCAAUCCAGGCAGGAACAGAAGAUGCAGAAGUGCUGUGGGGAAGAACACGGGAGGAACUGGCAAACUUGCUGGUCACACAGCCUAUCAGUGGCUGGGAAGGGAUGAACAUCCACUCGCUUGGGGAAAUUAUUUGGUCCUCCCUGGUUUUUCUGAGAAGUUAUUGCAUGGAGGUGGUGGAAUGCUACAUUGUGCUGUCCUCCUUCCACUUGCUGUUUCUGUCAGUGGAUCGUACAAAGAAGGCAUUUGUUUAUGAGGGUCUCCUUCCUCUUGCUGGGAUGCAUCUGAGAGAGACUGCAAGUGCAAUCAGCCACACAUUUGAAAUUUCUGGGUCCAUGAUAGAAUCCAGGCUCGUUUGCUGCCAGAAUUCAGCUGACUUCAACAUGUGGGUUCAACAUCUCCAGCACCGAAUCAAGAUGGCAAACGCUCACUGCCCAGUCAGUCCCAACAAUAAUAUCUCUUUUCUGGUGCCGUGUGAUGAACAGUGGAAGAAAAGGGAACUGAUGAGACAUCUGUUGUGUAACACCAUUCUGAAGUGGGAAGGAAAACCUAUUCAGCACUUGGGAAGGAUGCAGUAUUUGACCAUGGUGGAAGUGGCUAGUGGCUGCAUGGGGGACUCUGAGGAAAGACUGCUGAUCCUGUUUCCAGAAGACCUGCUUUUCCUCUCUGUGGAUAAGGACAGAACUGCAAUCACAUACAAGGGAAAACUCCCCUUAACUGGAAUCCAGGCAAAGGAGAAAUCUGCUAUGCUGGACAGGUUACAGUUUGAAAUUACAGGUAUGGAAUGGAAAAAGAAAGCUGAGAGCUAUGAAACACAAGAGAUUCUGUCUGAACUAAGGGAAACAGGUUUUUUUACUGUGGGGGUGACUGAGCCCUGA